AUGGGUGGUGUUGUCUGCUCAGAUCGGUAUCGUAACGAGGCGGGGUACCGUUUUGAGACUUUGAUGAUGGGUGGCCUGGUCACCGCCUACUGGACCCACCAUGUGGUCGAAUUGGGCUUUGAUGUGACAGCGGCCAAGCCAUCAAUCGAGCGGACCAUCAAGUCCCAAGCAUUUGACUACAUUACAGUCACAAAGGCCGAUGGCAGGCCCAGGCCCAUCCUGAUUCCUGCGUUUGACAAUGGCUCCAUUGCCGACAUCCACUUUCCUCCCCCGACAGAGGACCCCCUUACCCACGACGAGGCAUACGGUUACGCGUUGAACAAGCACGGAGAACACCAGGACGACAAGUGCAUUAACCUCGUCCUCGCGUCGCUUUUCUCGUAG